AGGCAGGAGUGAUGGGAUGACCGAGCUGCCCAGAUAAACUCUUCUGUGGUCUGCAUCCUCCUGCUACCACUGCGUGGGCUGGACUGGAGGUCUCCCCCUAAGCAAGUCGCAAAGCUGAAGGCCCUUCCUCAGAAAGGUGGCUCCAGGGUCUCCUCCCCAUCCUCACCUACCUGCCACCAUCCAGCCCUGGAUCACCUCUCAGCAUCAGGAAAAGGCACCUCGGGGCCUAUUAUCCCUUUCUCCCAAUGCAGAUCCCUGCAGUCUGACAGGAAGAUGCCAGGGGGAUUGAACAUCUCUUCUGACAGCCCGGAGCUACGAGCAGCAGGGAUUAUUGUGCCCAUCAUCUUCUCCCUCAUCUUCCUUGUGGGUACUGUGGGAAAUGGGCUGGUGCUGGCUGUGCUGCUGUGGAAUGGCCAAGUCAAGUACUCCACCACCAACCUCUUCAUCCUCAACCUGGCUGUGGCAGACCUGUGCUUCAUCAUCUGCUGCGUCCCUUUCCAGGCCACCAUUUACACCCUGGAUGGAUGGCUCUUUGGGGCCUUUGCCUGCAAGGCUGUGCAUUUCCUGAUCUACCUCACCAUGUAUGCCAGCAGCUUUACCCUGGCUGCUGUCUCUGUUGACAGGUACUUGGCCAUUCGCUAUCCACUGAAGUCCCGGGAUCUCCGCACAUCCCGAAAUGCAGGAGUGGCCAUUGUGGUAAUCUGGUCACUGUCGAUGCUCUUCGCAGGGCCUUACCUCAGUUACUACCAGAUAAUCCAUUACCAUGGUGUGCCCCUCUGUGUCCCCAUCUGGGAGGACCAGCGCCGAAAGGUUCUGGACAUCCUCACAUUUGUAUUUGGAUACCUGCUGCCCGUGACCGUGGUGAGCCUGGCAUACUCUAGGACCAUCAAGUUCUUGUGGACUUCUGUAGACCCCAUAGAAAGAAUCUCAGAGUCUCGGAAAGCCAAGCGUAAGGUCACCAAGAUGAUUGUCACAGUGGCCAUCCUGUUCUGCCUCUGCUGGCUGCCCCACCACCUGGUCAUCCUCUGCUUCUGGUUUGGCCACUUUCCCUUCAACCGGGCCACUUACGCUUUCCGCCUGGCUUCCCACUGCCUUUCCUACACCAACUCCUGCCUCAAUCCCAUUGUCUACGCCCUCAUCUCCAAGCAUUUCCGCAAGCGUUUCAAGCAGGCCUUCACCUGCCUCUUCUUCCAGAACAAGAUCAGGAAAAAGAAGAAGAAGAAGAAGAGAGUUGGAAGGAAAGUCCAUAUGGUCAAUAUGGAAAGAGGUUUUGCCAACAGGACAGGAGAUUUCUAUGGAGGCAACACUGAGGUGACCCAAGCCCCAGAAGAGAACACCAGGAAGAGGGACCAUGAAGGUGCCAGUCGUACCGGAGCAUGGACUCAGCAGGUACAAGAUGCCGUGGUAUCUGUUCAGAAGGAGCUACUGGAGGAGGAAAUUUUGGCAACAGCUGGCCAUUCCCUAGGUGUGACCCCUCUAAGAGGAACUGUUGGACAAGAUCAAGAAGAAGCCCUAGAAAAGGGCUAGAGAGGCAAAAAAGAAGGCUCUAUUUGCAUCACAUUUUCUGACCGCAUCACAGUGGUUUUGCUUUCCUCCAGGAUCAUCAUGCCCAUGCCUUAUCCCCACUGAGAUGGUUUUAUGUUGGCAGUGAGAGAUGAGCUCACUCAUUCAGACCACUAAACUGAGUUCAAGACCCCCGGUACUCCUCUAACACCUCCUCUGUGAUCCUGCAGUCAUGUCUGAGACCUGCCAUCAUCCCAGCUCAAUAUUCACAGUAAACUUUAAGUGACUGCAACAGCCGUCCUCUUCUUUAAUUGUGUAUGGCGUUUUAUUAGUGCUGUGUGGAUCCUGAAUAUGUAACCCUUAAUGUGAGGCAUGUCUGUACCUGUAAUUUCUUAAGAGAAGGUGUAAAUUGGGAAGCUUAGGAAAAAGUGUUUAGGGAAAGCUGUGACAUUGUGGGACACCCAGACUUCCACACUGAAGGGGAAACAAUGACAGGUUGUCAUGGCACUUGUAAGUGUCCUGAGCCCUGCAUGGGCUACAAAAUCCUCUGGUGUCAUCACUUGUCCCCAUGCAUGGUGCUGGAAGUUGUGUCAAAAGUAAAGGAGUUUUGGCCCCAGCCAGUGCUGUUGGCAUUGGGGCUGGGUGACA